AUGACUACUACACAGGGCUACAGCACUCUCGAGUGGAAUCCUCGACAACCACCCGAAGCGAUGUCUGGAAUUGAAGUAAUUCCUAACUACGGAGUCAAUAGAUGGGACGAAGAGGGUCGCUAUCUUCAACCAGACACGAAUAAAUAUCACAAGCCUCCAGGGCAGAGUUAUGAAUUAUCAGAUGGGCAACCAUCGAGCUCGGACUCCGAUGCUAUGAGCAAAGGACAAGGACGGAAGUUUUGUGGUUUUUCCCGACGGAUCUCCAUCGCAAUACUCGUCGUCUGUCUGCUAGUGGUCAUUGGUGCCAUCGCUGGUGGUGUUGCUGGGGGUUUGCAAAAAGGGGGAAGCCCCUCCAAGAGUGCACAAGUUGUAGGAAGCAUUCUUGACACGACAAGGCUCGCAGCUGCGAACAGAACCAUCAACGGGUCAAUGCAGCACACUGUCCUUUUUCAGGACGGUAACGGCGCCCUGAUGACACGCUAUCGAAUGACACCUUUAUCAGAGUGGAAAUCCGUCAACUUGACACUCAAAUUCGCGUCUUCGAAGGAAGAUGAAAGAGUCGAGCUUCCACCUGGUGCCCCAUUGGCGGCUCUUUCGUGCGCGGAUUGGGGAUGUGGCGACACUAUGGUCGUCUACCUCGGGACUGACAGAAUUCUUCAUGGUAUCAGAGAUGAUAGUGAGAGAGGGAGUGUCGAAUGGUACCCAAGAACCUCUGUUGCGACGGCAAAUCUUUCGGCAUCUCUCAAUUCGCAACUAGCAGCUUCAAUAAGCAAAUCAUUCUAUGACGAUGAGGAAGGCUUCCAGCGGCUCGGAGUCCACCGUCUUCUAGCGUACCAAGAUUCAGACGGCCACGUUUUUGUCUCCAAUGACAGCAAUAAGUGGGUUCCAAAGUCGGUGGACGACCAUUUGCCAAACCUCACGACCGGAACAAGUCUUGCCAUCAUUUCUCAACUACGCGGUGUGGAGCUAGACAAAGUCAGUCUGGUGUCUAAAGUGACGGGCAGGACCGACGCUGCCACGACGGAGUAUGCCAUGCUGGAAGCAACAUAUCCAUUAGCCGAAACAAAUGAUACUUGGACUCGCGCUGAGUCAAAACAACAAUUUGCCGUCACGAUGCGCAACAAUUGGAGGGAAAGUGUUUACCUCAUCCUUUCAUCCAACGGCACAAUAUCUGGUCGCAUAGUUGGGCCGCGCAAUGAAACCAUACCAAAUAUCCAGGUUAGAGAAUCUGGCGAGCUAAAGAUGGCGAACUUCUCCGCUAUCGCGACGACGAUGGACGGGUUUCUUUACGGCUUCAUCAACGAUACAAUAAGUGAGUAUUCCUUCGAUGCGUCGGAUUCUUCAAUCUUGAAUUUCGAAGGGAUUGUCUACGAUAAGUCCGUCUCGGGAACAUGA